AUGGGAGCCUCUGCCUUUGCAUCAGUGCUCUUGAUCGGGCUGCUUGGCCUCCCAGCAGAAGCAGCAUCAAAAACACCAUGGGGUGAUCCCUUUAAACCCAUUGAUCCACAAGUCUGGGUGAAUCCCGAUGACAUGACAUGGGACGACUUCAAAGCGCCGCCUGGUACUCAAUGGAACGACGCGACGAAGAAGGGCUCUGGUCGCAACUUCAACAUUGCAUUGAUAGCCGUGGACUACGCCGAUGAGACUUUCGUUGUAACCCGAGAACCCAACUCGACGGUCUUUGGUAAUCCUCUUCCGAUAGUAUCCGGUAUCGACCGGGAAGAUGUCCCCGCCUACUAUCGCGACUUACUCAACAAGCCGACUGACCUUAACCGCGGUCAUACACUACACGAGUACUGGAUGGAAGAUUCUCACGGCCGAUAUGGAGUCGACCUGACAGCAUUUGGACCGUACCGUAUGCCUUCCUUGUCGUAUCAGUAUGGCGUAGACAGUGGCUUUAACCCUGGAGCAUGCCCGACGAAUAACACUUGUAACCACGAUAUUCGAACGGAUGCUUAUGCGGCUUGGCGAGCGGAGGUAGGCAACGCCACGAGCAAUUCAUUUGAACUGGUCUUCAUCCUCUCCGCUGGACAAGAUGAAUCGUCGACGUGGCAAGAGUUUGGUGAGAUGAGAUUUUCAUCCCCCGAGGACGUGCCCGAUGCCUUCGGACCUCCCAAGAAUGUCGAUGGCUCUUCGAUACCGAAUUACGCAUCGACCAGAUAUGUUCCUUGGACAUCGUGGGCAUCUGCCUCCACUAUUUGGCCAAAUGCAGGAGGUGGUUCGUCGACUCAAUGCGAAAGCUCUGGGAUGGGAACGUAUGCGCACGAGCUCAGCCAUCUGCUGAACAUUGGAGACAACUACAAUAACCCGUUCGGCAUUCCUCUGCGGCGAUCCUAUACCGGCCCAUUCUCAAUGAUGUCCCGCGGGUCUUUCAAUGGCCCUGGAGGCCCGCAUACUCGAUACCAAAUCCCAGCGCUUCAGGGUGGCUCCAUGGGCUCCUUACACACUGUUCGAGACAAGCUCGUUCUUGGACUUAUCUCCAACGACAGCGUGGUGAGCAUUACAAGAGACGCCCUGGCGGAAUCAGGCCCUGUCGUGGCGCAAAUCACAGCGCGAUCCGUCGUGUCUGACCUCAUUGGCUUGAGAGUUGUAAUUGACCAGGAUCGCUCGCCUGCAUGCAACAUUUCGACUGAUGUGCUCUGUGAUGGAGGUCGCUACAACAGCUAUGAUAUCGAGGUGAUUGAUCGAAUGGGCGCCGACUCGUUCCAACCUGACUCAGGCGUGAUGAUUAGCAAGUCAAAGACUAGCAACAGCCAGCCCUUCCAGUGGACCAUCGAUGCCAACCCCGAAGACAUUACACUCGUCGACUUUACCCGACCUAACGGAACCGAUGCUUAUAUCACCAUGGGCGAUUACCGUCAAUUAGCUGAUGCGCUCUUCCAUGCCGGCACUGGAUCUGGAAGCAAGUAUGAGUUUGUGGAUGAGCCAAAUGGCCUUCACAUCUACAUUUUGGAUGUCCAUCGAGAUGAAACUGGCGUUCUGUCUUAUACCGUUGGCGUGCGUUCUCUGGUCGACGACAGUUCGAGCCAAUAUGGCAUUCAGUUGUCUUCUGGUGUUCCAUUCACAUACGGCAAAAGCAGCCCAGUAACCGGAGGCAUCUUUUGCGAAUUCGAACUUACGAAUAAUGGCACUUAUGCAGCCUCCAGUGAGGGCAAUGCCCAAGUCCAGGCCGAUCACCUUGAGUGGGAUAUUUUCCGACUGAAGGCCGAUGUUAAGGGUUCUGGAUGGAAAGCGAACUUGCCGAACGCCGUGAUUCCUGUCAAGUAUGGACAAACCGCAAAGACCUAUGUAGCGGUGGCUGCUGAGACUCACGCAAAGGAUGCGACUGGUGUGGUGAAGCUGACGGCUACAUCAGAGUCUGAUCCAAGCGUGGUGGCAACUGCGACUUGCAAAGUGAAGAAGAACACUUGUCGUUAA